AUCUGUAGUAUUGUGGGCUUUGAUACUUGAUUUAAGGUUCAUAUAAGCUACAAAAGCUCUUGUUGUACCUGUCAACUGUCGACUUUCUGAGCGGGAACUGUGUUGCCGUACAACUUUUCCGUGUGGGCUCGGUGGCCCUUCCUCUCUUGGUUCCUGCUUGGCUGUGCUCCCUGCAGUAGACUUGCUGAGUGCCGCAGAGUGCUGGAUGCAGCGGUGGGGAAGUGAUUCAGGGCCUCCCCACAUCUCUGGCAUGCACUCUCUCUCUCUCACACACACACACACACAAACACGAUGAACACAGUCUCUGAGCCUGCCCAGAGAAAAGGAAGCCACUCCACAGAACAUGAACACCUCUCUGCUGUCCGAUUGAACACUCACUGAAACACACUCACACAUACAUACACACACACUCAGAGAAGCAUGCAGGAACAGAAAGUGAGGAGCCCAGAGAACAGGCCUCCUGCAGUACAGGGCUCCCAGCACCAAAGCCACUCUCCAGCAUGUAUGAACACAGCCCUGAUGAGCUCCCCCUGGUAUCGGUAUCAGGAUGAUGAUUCCCCUCCUCCAGAACAUGGCUUCCCGCGGCUCACCAAUGACGUUCGAGCGCCGGAGCUGGUGCACGUAUCGGAAAAGAACCUCUCAGAAAUCGAGAAUGUGCAUGGCUACGUUUCCCACGCUCACAUUUCACCACUUAAGCCUGCGCUGGUUACCCGGUUUGAUCUAACAUACCCGGGGGUGACCGCAGCAAACUACCUGGCAAGUCCUGCUCCAAUUAUUGUCAACACGGACACUUUGGAAACUGUACCAUACGUAAAUGGGACCGAAAUUGAAUAUGAAUUUGAAGAGAUUACAUUAGAGCGGGGUAACUCAGGGUUGGGGUUUAGUAUAGCAGGUGGUACAGAUAACCCUCACAUCGGCGAUGAUCCUGGGAUCUUCAUCACAAAGAUCAUCCCUGGAGGAGCGGCAGCUGAAGAUGGCAGACUCAGAGUGAAUGACUGUAUUUUGCGUGUAAACGACUCAGAUGUCUCGGAGGUGUCUCACAGUAAGGCGGUGGAGGCUCUGAAAGCGGCCGGAUCGAUUGUGAGGCUCUAUGUGCGCAGGAGGAGACCAAUGCUGGAAACCGUCACCGAAAUCAAACUCAUAAAAGGACCAAAAGGGCUCGGCUUCAGUAUUGCAGGUGGUGUGGGAAACCAGCACAUACCAGGUGAUAACAGCAUUUAUGUCACUAAAAUCAUUGAUGGGGGAGCUGCGCAGAAGGACGGACGGUUACAUGUUGGAGACAGACUGCUUAUGGUGAAUAACUACACUCUAGAAGAGGUGACCCAUGAAGAAGCAGUGGCCAUAUUGAAGAACACGUCAGAUGUGGUAUACCUAAAGGUUGGGAAACCCUCUAGUGUCUAUCUCUCAGACCCCUAUGGGCCGCCUGAUAUCACACACUCAUUCUCACCCGCUAUGGAAAAUCAUAUCUCUUCCCCCGGUAAUAAUGGCACUCUGGAAUAUAAGUCCAGUCUUCCGCCCAUCUCCCCCGGUCGAUAUUCCCCCCUGCCCAAGCACUUGCUGGUGGAAGAGGACAUUAACAGGUUGGAUGGUUUUUCCUUCCUACGAAAUCCCUCGUUAGAUGAGAUGGAAGGUCACAGGUUUGAUUCCCAGCACUUCCAGUUGAGGCCUCCAGAGCCAGUUUACAGCACUGUGAACAAAUUGAGUGACCGCGCCCCCUCUCCCCGUCUCUACUCCCCUGUGGAGUUUGAUAAAAGCCCCAUGCACUCAAUCCCCCACUUCCCUCACUAUCACGUAGGCCUGCUCCCUGACUCCGAGAUCACCAGGGAGCCCAGGAAGAUCGUUCUGCACAAGGGCUCAACUGGACUGGGCUUCAACAUCGUAGGAGGAGAAGAUGGAGAAGGCAUUUUUGUUUCUUUCAUACUUGCAGGAGGGCCCGCAGACCUCAGCGGAGAGCUGCGGAGAGGGGACCAGAUCCUAUCCGUUAAUGGAAUCGAUCUGCGAGGUGCCACUCACGAACAAGCUGCAGCUGCGCUGAAAGGAGCGGGCCAGACAGUAACCAUCAUCGCCCAAUACCGGCCCGAGGAACUUGCCCUGUGCUCCCCACGCCGGGCCCCGCCUCCAACUGCAGAAUACGGGCGUUUUGAGGCCAAGAUUCAUGACUUACGAGAGCAGAUGAUGAACCACAGCAUGAGUUCUGGAUCCGGAUCCCUCAGAACCAAUCAAAAACGCUCACUCUAUGUCAGGGCUCUGUUUGACUAUGAGAGGGCGAAGGAUAGUGGUCUGCCCAGUCAGGGGCUCAGUUUCCGAUAUGGAGACAUCCUCCAUGUCAUCAAUGCAUCUGAUGAUGAGUGGUGGCAGGCCAGGAGAGUGACGCCUGAAGGGGACAGUGAGGAGAUGGGCGUCAUCCCCAGCAAGAGGAGGGUGGAGAGAAAAGAGAGAGCUCGUCUGAAGACGGUUAAAUUCAAUGCAAAACCCGGUAGCCUCGAUUCUAAAGGGGUAAGUGUUCUAUUUGUUGAGUGAUUGUGUUUAAAAUGGUUUUAUCAGUGCCAACAUCCCAAAUUCUGUUCGCCCCAGUUUUCAGGUAUUAGCAGGAAGGGCCCAAUGAUUUAAUGACAGUUUAGACAGUUCACCAGCAGCCCCUGUUGUGUCUCUUCACUCAUCUAGUGUAAUAUCUGUCUGUCUCUUCCCUUUCUUCAGUCUAUCCGGCUUAGUUUCUGUCGUGCCCUGUCAUCUUGAAUUUAUUUUCCCAUUUCAAGUUGUGCUGGUGGGUCAUUGAGUCAGUCAGUCAGAGUGAAAGUGUGUGUGUGUGAGACUCAAUCCUUCUGCCGCAGUGUGACAGCUCACUCUGAGCUCUCAGCCUCAGUACUGCAGCGCAGCUCACAGAAGCAGCUUCAAUAUUACGUUUGUACAUAAAUGUGUCUCCUAAUGCGUCUUUUAUGAGAUCAGUAUUGUAAGGUCAUCUGUAGUAAAUAUUUCUUAUGUUUGUGUUUGAGAGGUGAACUGAAUAAAACCGAAGGAUGUAGGGUGUAUUUUUAGUUCGGCACACAACCGCAGCGCUGUUCAGAUUUUUAGCCUUAUGAUUCCCGCUAGUAUCCAUAGCAACAUUGCAGCCGGGCCUGCAAAUUUCCCUUGCUUUCUUGUCUCUUGUUCCUCUUUCUUUUUUUUCUCUCCCUCUGUCUUUUGAAGAUGGGAGAGGGGUGGGGGUGUUGGCACUGAUGGAUUACUUGAGGAUUUUGUUGUGUGGUUUUGUCUUGUGUUAAGAUGCACCAACUUGUAUAUGUAUUAUUUCAGGUUUAUGGCUCAUAGGAUUUCAGUGUUGAUUGAAAAUGCAUUGAUUAUAUGAUUGUUUAUGUGCAUUAUAAUAGAGAGGAUUAGCAUAGUUAUGAAUAUUCUCUUUAAUCACUAUCAGGGGUGCUAUUGGUUU